ACUCCGCCACUGCGACUGCAAAAUGGUAACUACAAAGGAAUUCAUACAAAUUGGGGAAUCUCUUCCCCACGACACCGAUUCGGAUUGGGCAAAUCAAAGCAUCCAAAAAGUUUUUCUUUAAUAAAUUUUGAAAAAGUUUUAGAUCGUUCAUCUUGGCACCAUUAUCAUCUCUGCAAAUUGGAUUUAACUUUGAAAAGCAACUGUUUCUGAAUUUGGUUUGAAGAACUUGUUGGGAGGGGAAAGAAAGAGAUCUUCCUCUUCCCUGAUUUAUCGAGAAGAUCCGAUAGAUUGCAUUUCCGUUGAAGUUUUGAUUGGGUAGAUCGGAUCUUGGUUUGUAAAUUGAUGGAGUUGGGCCAUGGCGGCCAUUAUUGCAUUAAGAGACGGUAUUUCGACUGUGAAUGGCCUCAACAGCUGCUUGUAUUCACCAGCCAAGGAGAAGGCCUCCACCAGGGGAGUAUUCAGCAGUCGCUCUCCGCUUCUGCUACGGCGGAUCCGUCAGUUACUUGGGGUUGGCAAGGUUAAGCUGCUUUUUGCCUUGGGUGUUUUCUUCGCCAUUCUUUUCAUUGGUUCCAAGAUCGGUUCGUUAAUGGGAUGGAACCCUCAUUAUCCUUCUUCGGUUUCUUCUCCUUCUAGAGGUGGUUACACAGUGCUGAUUAACACAUGGAAGCGCAAUUCCCUUCUUAAGCAAGCCGUUGGUCAUUAUGCAUCCUGUAGUGGAGCUGAUGCUAUACGUGUGGUUUGGAGUGAGAGUGAUCCACCAUCAGAGAGCCUGAAAGCCUAUCUUAAGCAUAUUGUUCAGUCGAAGUCACAAACUGCUCAUAAACCAAACUUCAAAUUUGACCUGAAUGAGGAGGACAAUCUAAAUAAUAGAUUUAAGCCAAUUGAGGACCUCAGGACAGAUGCGAUUUUUUCUGUGGAUGAUGAUGUUAUCGUUCCCUGCACUACUCUGGAUUUCGCAUUUACUGUAUGGCAAAGUGCCCCAUCCACAAUGGUGGGAUUUGUUCCCCGCAUGCAUUGGCUAGAUGUGGAGGAUGGGGUUGCUUAUUAUAAAUAUGGAGGUUGGUGGUCAGUUUGGUGGAUGGGUACUUACAGUAUGGUCCUGUCAAAAGCGGCAUUCUUUCACAGAAAGUACUUGGAUUUCUACACAUACACAAUGCCUUCAUCAAUACAUGAUUAUGUGACUAGGGAAAGAAACUGUGAAGACAUUGCAAUGUCUCUUCUUGUUGCAAAUGCCACGGGUGCCCCUCCGAUCUGGGUUAAAGGGAAGAUAUAUGAGAUUGGAUCAUCAGGCAUCAGUAGUCUGAAUGGGCACACUAGUAGAAGGAAUAAAUGCCUCAACGACUUCAUUUCCCUUUAUGGAACCAUGCCUCUAGUAUCAACCAAUUUAAAAGCAGUGGAUGCAAGACAUGAGUGGUUCUGGUAGUAAUUGAGGUGGUCGAUUCAUUUAUCACCAAUCAGGCUAUCACUUGUAACCUGAUUUGGGUAUGAGGCAGUACACAGCAGGACUAGGCUAUAGAGAUGGUGUAGUUUACACUAUGAACCCAACAAUCCAUUUUGGUAUUUAUUGUUGAUUAUUCUUUUACCAUCUGAAA